AUGUCCUCCUCCACUUCUCAGAGUCAAAACACCACCAGGAACAAAGCCCCCAAUUUUAGUGGCGGCAACAACAAUGACAAUGGCCACGCCAAUGGCAACCAGGGUCAAGGCAUGACCCGUGAUAGGGCCAGGUCGAUUCUCAUCAGUGACCCAGCAGCAUCCAGGCUGAGCGGACAUACAGGCAUCGACAAGUUCAUCCGCGAGUCGGCCCGGGAUGCUCCAUGGAAUCCUAUUUGUGGCCGUAGGACAUGA